GAAUUUUCGUUGUCUAGCAACCAAUACACAACGUCUGUCCAACAAUGCCUCCUGUGUCAAAUCUUGACACAGUUCUUCCUGUCGCCGCAGAAGACCUCUUGAUCCGUCCUCAACCUCACGAUGGACAAGAACAAAGCGGACGAAUUGAACGCGAGGAUCGAAGAGGUUCUGGUCAGCAUCGAACCCGUGGAUUUCGAUAACUACAAGCUGCAGGACCAAGUGACCGUGAAAUUCUAUACGGUCAACUCGAAGGUAUAUACGAGGUCGUUUUCGUUGUACGAGACGUGUCUGGAGGUCAAGGAGACGCUCAGCGAGACGUUCGCGAUCCCGGUCGAAGAGUUGGAGUUGCAGUAUAAAGAUGCGGGCGUUGAGGAUACGUGGAAUUUAUCCAGGCUGAAACCGGACCAAUAUGGCAAUCUGGAGCUAAAACUCAUCUGCCUUUCUGACAAAUACACCAUCAACGUUGAUACACCUUACAAAGACAUCCAAGUUCCCGAUAUCAUCACUGUAACGGUGGAAACUGAACACGGAGUUAAAGAAGUAGUGGUUGAGGUAUUGAAUUUGGCCAUCAAUAAGCCGAACUUGGGGGGUUACAGACAUAUCAAAACUGGAGUGAAAUACCCGCACGGUUACAGCCAAACCGGCCCGCCUCCCCCAAAAGUGCCACCCGAAAUGAAGAACCACCGCGAUACUCAGACGUACCUUAUGAAGAACCGCAAACUGGACAUGGAGUACACCAGGGCGACUCAGAUGCCUAAUAAGGGCAUCUACAUACCCUGCGUGAACGAUAGAAUUAUAACGGCCGGCCCGUACGAAACAGCAGACGAGAGGGAGGCCAGGCUUGAUAUCGACGGUAAAGUCAGGACCAUACAAAGGUACUUCCGCGCCUGGAAAAUGCGCCAGUCCCUCCACGAACUAAGCGAAGAGUACCGACAGCGUGUCCGCUUAGAGCAAGAAAGAAUAGAACGCGAACGACUUGAAGACCAGGCUAGGAAACGCAGAGAUUUGGUCAGCAAAGUUUUUCCGAUGACACUGACCGAUUUCGCUAUGCUUUAUUCCAUGGUGGAAAAGUGGAAAAAAGCGGAAAUCGCCAAGAUAUCGUCGAUGUACUGCGGACCUUCCAAGAUUGCGGAGUUCUAUCUACUUUUAGAGAAGGAGAUCGAUAUACUCAGGUCUUUGGAGAAGCUGAAGUUGCAAGUCGUCGAAGAUAUGGGACAUAAAAAGGUCAUAAACUUCUUCAAAGCCAUAGGCAAGCCCAUCGAGUGGUACAGCAACUACAAGAGCCUGCACAUCUACAUGGACACGUUGGAGACCCAGCGAGGCAGGGAGUACUUCAAGCUGUACAAAACGCUGGUGAAGAAAGACCUUACCACCGAGGAAAAGUUGCAAGUUUAUUGCGAGAUCAAAACUUACCUGGCCGAUCACGACUGCGGGGAGAGCCUGCAGAUUAUACACUUGAUUGACAGGGUGUGUCAGCUCAUGGCUAGAGGCGCUGAGCACAGGUACGACGGUACUACCGUAUUGCUGGAACAACAAAAGAACGAUAAAGCAUCUAGAUGCACUGGAGAAAAGAAUAGAAGCCACGGUUUUGCACCAUUUCAAGCUCGCUGAAUGUAACGAAGGGGUAACUAAGCACAUGCAAAAGAAGGCACUAAGAAAAAUGGAAAAAGGUUUGGCGUAUUGCCCGCGAUGCCAGAAGUUCAAGACCUUCGACGGGUUCAAGCUGAACGCGAGAACAGACAAGGUAUUGAUAUGCUCUAGCUGCAAAUGGCUGGACAAAACCGCCGAACCGUGGAUAGAUCUUCUACCAUACAGAUUCAUGCUUCAACAGAUCAGAAACUACGAACGGCUCCAUCAUGCAGUAUCUUCGGUAGCUUUUAUCCUUCAGGAUAAAGAUAUCUACCAUAUCGUAACAACGAUUUGGCACAGUCAUUCCGCGUUGUCGGAGUGCGAUGAUGUCUAUCAACUGCGGCUUGUCAGAUGGGACGUGACCAGAGAAUGGUCCCCGUGGAACUGCAUUUUGCUCACCUCGGAAGAAGCCGGCGCCCACCUAAGAGUAGGCAAGUUAGAGGACGUUUACGAAGAAGAAUUCGUAAAUCACGUUUUCAACAAACAUGCUUUAGCCAGAAAACACUUCCCGCUUUUGACAGCUUAUGACAGGCACUAUACGGAAAUGGCUCAGGGUGACAUGAGGCUCGAUGAAGAGUCAGAGUAUUACAACAGGUUUGAUCCUGAAUGUUUGUAUGACCUUGAGCCAAACAGUAGUGCAUCAAGCAAGUCUAACGAUUGCUCUAGGGAUGGUAGCGACACAAAAACACAAGCUAGUGAAUAUAAUGUAACUGACAAGUAUAGUGAGAAACUAUGUCCUGAUUGUAGAUAAAUAAAUUAUAAAACGUG